UUAGGUGCCUCUGAGUCCACCCAGCUCCAAUGGGUAGGCUACCUAAUAUUAGUUGGGGAAAAGUAAAGGCGGUUGAUCGUUGUGCUGGCUACAUGACACCCUCGUUAACCGUAGGCCACAAAAACAGAUGAACUUUACAUCAUCUGCCCUAUAGACCACAAGGUCUGAAAGGGGAACUAGUUAGGCCAGGUUCACAUAUCUAACUUUGCAUUGACUUGCACCUAUCCUUUGAUCUGCUGUACCGUUGGGGCACUACACAAGAUCUGUUAACCUUCUUUCUCCAUUCUUAUCUCUCAUUUGUCUUUGAUAUAAUUUCAUUUGGAUGUUCUUUCUGAAAAUAUUGAAGCCUGCCUGGAUGGACCAUUUCGGGGGCCGAUUUUGAGUUUGUGUUUCCACACAAACUGUCUUUUGUAACCUUGUUUUCUUAAUAUAUUGGGAAAUCAAGAUAGACAAAUAGGCCUAUAAUGAUCUUCGCUAUUCAUAAGUCUCUUCAAAUGUGGGCCCCCAUUAAGGUGGGUUCAAGCGCACUGAGGUUACUACACCACAUGCUGUGGGCCCCUAAUGGUCGUGGGCCCGGUUUCAUUGAUGCUAAGCCAUUGGAAGUGGGAGAAAAAAAGGUCUAAAAGAAUCCUCUCGAAGACGGACAGCUAAGAGUGAAUAGAAUAUAUGGAUUAUAAGGUUUGCAGAGUUUAGGCAGGCAGGAUAAAAUUUACUAUGGCAACAAAAAAUCAUACACAUAGAGACUACGACUCUAAAAGCUCUAAAUAUGAUGAUUAUAUCAACUUUUCAACAUCUAUGUCUCGUGAUGAACUUUUAAAAAAGAAACAUAUUACAUUUUUAAAGAGAGUUUUGCAAGUUCUACCAUCACAGCAACUUGACACUCACAGAGUUUCAGUUGCCUAUUUUGCCAUAUCUGGACUUGACGUUCUAGAUGCAAUGAAAGAAAUUGAUGAUCAACGUAAUAAUCUAAUUCAUUGGAUUUACAGUUUACAAGUGCAACCUGAUCCUAGUGGUAAAAACCUGAGCCAGUGUGGGUUUCGUGGAUGUUCAAUGCUAGGUCAUCUGUAUGACUCUCACAAGGCUAAAGGUCAAUUAAUACCAUAUGACAGCAGCAAUAUUGCAAUGACCUACACAUCACUAGUGUCUUUGUUAAUCCUUGGAGAUGAUUUGUCCCAAGUUCACAAAAAGUCUGUGAUAGCAGGAAUACGAAGUCUACAGCAGUCAGAUGGAAGUUUCGUUUCAGUUCUUGAAGGGAGUGAAAGUGAUAUGAGAUUUGUUUACUGUGCUUGUUGUGUCUGUUACAUUCUUGAUGACUGGACUGGGAUGGAUGUAGAGAAAACUGUAGCAUAUAUUACCCAAAGUCUUUCAUAUGAAGGCGCCUUUGGUCAGAAGCCAUUUAAUGAGGCACAUGGAGGAUCCACAUUUUGUGCUGUAGCCUCUCUUGUGCUUCUGGACAGACUUAACAGUGCACUUACUGAAAAUCAGCUCUCUAGACUCAAGAGAUGGUUGUUACGUCGUCAGGAAAGUGGUUUUACUGGCCGACCCAAUAAGCCAGCUGAUACUUGUUACUCUUUUUGGGUUGGAGCAACGUUGCAGAUGCUUGGUGUACUAGUUUUAUCUGAUGUGACACUCAACAGAUCCUUUGUUUUGAGCACACAAUCCCCAGUCACUGGUGGCUUCUCUAAAUAUCCUGAUCAUGUUCCUGAUCCUUUACAUUCCUACCUUGGUCUGUGUGGCUUGUCACUUAUAGGAGAGCCUGGCCUUAGCCCAAUAUUUCCUGCCUUGAAUUUGUCACAGAGAGCUUAUGAUCAUUUAUCAAAUUUACAAAGACAGUGGCGUGAGAAGCACUAGACAGCAGCUAGAUGACUUUGAGCUUAACUUCUCUUAUAAUUACACAUCUUGAUGAUUUGAGACAAUUGUGGCUGUGUGGGGAUGUAACUCUGGGAGAAAUGUGAUCCUCGGCCAAACUGUUUAGAAAGUACUGAAGUCUUGUUGGAGACAUUUGAAAAAGGGGACUCUUCAUUUUUAGAUUAGAUUAGUUUCAAGUGUUCACUUCAGUGAUACUACCUAGAGUACUUGCAGCAGCACUAUUAGUAGUAGGUAGUGGCAUUUAUAGAGUAGACAGAGGGGUUGUGCUAAACUAAUGUUAAAAGGACUUUGAGGAGAUCAAACAGUUUUAUCUGACUUCAGAGUCCCCCCCCUUCCUUUUGUAAUCAUUGUGGAAGUUCAAAUUGUUAUCCACUGUCUGUGAAGAACUUUUCUAUUUGUCCAGGUCAUUGAACAUUUGGACAAGGUGAGAAGUAGUUGCCUCCCUAAAUGUAAGCUAAGAAAGUGAAUGAAAUGUUUCUUUGUCAAAAGCUUUUUGUGUACCAUACAGGCUCAAUGAAAUAAUAAAAUUUUGUCCAUUUGUUGAGAUCUUUUAAGUUAUUGUACAGUUUUAAUAAGAAAAAAAAAACAAUAAUUAUAUAUAGUGGCCAUUUGUAAAUGUUAUCAUGUUUUGAAAACAAAACAUUUAUUAAUACAUUUUUUAUAUAUUUUUUUUUAGUCAACCCAAUUAGCUAGUGCUUCUCUCAUUGCUUCUACCAUGCAUGAUGAACAUUGAAAGCAUGUUCAAUCUGAUGGAGGAAAUCUAGCAAGUCACAUGUCCAAUAGGAUCAUUUCACCUUUUGUUUUUGUUCACCUGUUAGUAGCACAAGAAAAUACAUCAGUAUGUAAUAAAAAAUAAAUAAGUAAUAUAAUUCUUGUUACAUAACAUUAUUUUUACAAGUAACAAAACUUUAGAUAUAAAUGUUAAACAAAAUAAAACAAAAUUGCCAUUCAUCCAGUGUAAUCCUUUCCAAAAACUAUUCUUAGCAAAUACAAGACGUUUAACUCUUUAACAAAUUGUAAAGACACUACCAGCAUCUGGCUUUAACCCUUUACAACCUAAUGAUGCUACCAGGACUCUGUUGCUUUCUAUGUGUUUUAUAUGUUUUCUCUUCCAAUCCAGCUUUGUAUUAUCAAAAUAAUUUCCGGGAUAACUUGACCAGCCGUUUUAAAUUGUGUUUUGUUCUGAUACUAAGUUUAAACCUUUUGUUAUAAUUUUAAUAAUUUUUCUAUGUAAUUCACUGUUGCUAGGAUAUGUUUUUACAAUGGCGGAUCGUCCUUCUACAUCUGGCUCUAGGCUAAAUCAUUGUUGUACUGCCCAUCAGGUUAGAAGAUUAUUUAUAGAUAUGGAUGAGCGAUCAGGAAGGAUCUAGAUCUAGAUAGAGUUGACUUGAAAAUAACAUGGUCACAGUAUGAGGGGGCCUACCCCAAGAGUGAUUAGUACUAAAAGUAAAGUUCACUUUUCAGACCAUGCAGUCUAUGGGGUAGAUGAUGUCAAGGGUGUCAUGUGGCCAGCACAACGACCAACUACCUUUACUAAAGUCAGGUACCCAUUACAGACUCAAGAGUGACAGUGUAUAUAAAAAGUUUUAUAAAAAACUAAUGUUUUUGUUUGAAAUUGAAUACACUCAAAUUUGACAUGAAUUUUGUUUAACUAGCAGUGUGUAGGAGGAUUUUAUGCCCCAUUGCUAAGUGAAUACUUUUUUUGUUUUCUUCAUUCAAAAAUGUUUUCUUUUCCUAACUGCCAGAUUCAUUCUAAGACUAAAGUAAGAAAUUCAAUGCCCUACAAUUCUUUAGAGAAUAUGUAUAAAUGUUAUCUAUGACAGGAAAGACAAUAUUUUGUUGUUAUUUCUACCUACAUGCUGUAUAUUCGCUUUUGGCCCUAAUUUUUUAUCCAAUGGCUGAUUACACAAAAGUACUGUAAAAAAACAUAACUUUUAAAAAUCAAAUUCAAUUCUGAAAAGUUUUCGAUGCUAAGAAAUGAAUACACUUUCACAUGGUAGUUGAAAUGUUUGAAAAGGCAGAGUGUAAGGUUUGUUUAUAAUAUAUGAUGUGUGAUUUUAAUGUUUCAAAUUAAAGAAAAAAAACAAGGUUGCAAAAACAGUUUGUUUGGAAACUUAAAAUCGGCCCCCGAAGUGGUCCACCUAGGCAGGUAAAAAGGCAGGUUUCAAUAUUUUCAGAAAGUAUAUCAGAAUGAAAUUCUAUCCAAGGCAAAUGACAGAGAACGGAGAAAGAAGGUUGACAGAUCUUGUGUGGAGCCCCAAUGGUCCAGCAGACCAAGGGAUAAGUGAAGGUGAAGUGAAAUGUGAACCUGGUCUAACUGAUGUCUUAUAAUGAUUAUCUAAUUAAUCUAAUUGUUUUAUUAAGAGUCAAUCUCUUAUUCAAAGCCAAAAAAAAAACAAAAAUUUUUCAUGCCAUUGACGUGCGGUGCAGUUUACUCAAUAAUAUGAAAAACUUAUUAAUUGUUGUUUUAAAUUAUGUUCCACUUAUAUGCAUAUUAAAUAGAUUUUUUUUCUCUUUCAAAAAAAGUAAACAUCUUUUUGAUGAAUGUAGUAGCUAGUAUGACAGAACUUAUAUACUUAGCAAUACAUUAAAAAAGAUUUUUUGCAUAAAGGUGUUAUAAAUAUAUGGUAAAUAUUCAUCUCCCUUACUAAAUAGCCUCCUGUGUUUGUUACUAUUAAUAGUGAAUAGUUUGUUAAAGUUGUAUUUUAUAAAAAAAACUGCUUGAUUUUAAAAAUUUAAUUUUUCGUUUUCAGAAAAGAAAAAAGUAGCAAAGUAGCCGUUGCAUCAGAACUUUGAAAGGUCUAAAAUACCAUGAUGUCGGAUAUUCAAUAUCAUUUCUAGUUUAGGAGAUCUAAACGGGACGGACGGACAGACUGACCAUACAAAACUAGUAGUGUCUUUUCCCAUUUCGGGGUCCGCUAAAGAUUACCCCUCUUAAUAAAUAGAUUUUUUUUUCAGUUUGGCAAAAAUAUAUACAAAUAAAAAAAGAAUCUUAUAGUAAAUUCAAUGCCUUCAAUUCCAUAUACAAUAUGUCAACAUUUCCUUAUAAUAGUUACAAAAGUAAAUAAAUGAAAAAAGCUGGAAUGUCUGAACUCAACAUUGCAGCUCAAACAUAGAAGCAUACAACUGUCCACCAAUGUCACUGAUCAUCUCCUCCCAGAUUUUUUUUGAAAUGUAAGCCACCAAUGAAUAAAAUAAUUUAUUUUCAA